UGCGUGUAUGCCUUGCCAUUUCCAAAGCCUUUGCUUCGUUUCCCUCGUUUUUUUUGUGUGUCUCUUCGGUUGGUUCAUUCGCUUCUCUCUCGGUGCUGUGUGUGUCUCGUUUCAUAGUUUUGGUUUCGUGUAUGGGAAUCACGAAUCGGUUUCAUUGCUCUUACACACAGAAAGAGGGAGACAGAGUUUGCCGUUGCCGACAACGUUGUGAUGUAUGUGGAUCUCCGCGCGCGCCUUUUGGUAUGUGUGCGAUUUUUUUUUCCAUUUCGCUACCCAGUCACUAAAUAGUGAUUCUUCUUUUUCUUAUUCACUUUUUGCCCAUCUUUUUCGUAAUCGUCACAAUCGGCUUGUAACAAGCAGGCAUGUUAAAAGUUGUACGACUGAAAUUGUGCAUGGCGGACAUAAACUAAGAGCGACAAAAGUAAUUCAAAACGCAAGAAAAUUCGAAGCAAACGACAAAGAAAAAAAGAACACACAUAACGAGAGAGAAACGAAAAACAAAAGAAAAAAAAUUCAAUGGAAACGUAGUGUAAAAAUCGCUAAAAUUUGCUAUCAAAUGAGUGUGUGUGUGAGAGUGCGAGAGAUUGAGUGUGAAUAUUUUUUUUUUCUUCUUCAAUUCGAUUCAAAAAGUGUUCAAUUGAUUUCGUCGCAUUGCGAUUUCCCUCAACAACAACAACAACAAAAAAACGAGAAUUUGCCGAUAAAUUUUCGCCGACUAUUGAAUUUAACACGCAAAGAGAAAACCACUGGAAUAAAAGAAAACAUUAAAUAAUCAAUAAUAGAAUAUUUGUAAUGUGACACGAGGCAUCGGACACUUAAAAUGAAAAAACGAAACUAAAUAGAGAGAAAGAGAGAUUAAAAAAAACCGACUGUUGAAUCGAAUACACAUUUUUUUUCGCUUAAAAAGACCGAUUUUCCGAAACGCCGUAAGAUACAGAGCUAUCGUGGAUGUAGUGGAUACACAGAUAUACAGAGAGAACGAGUGUUUUGUGUAUGGUUCAUUUGCAAAUGCACAAAAAAGAACGAAACAAUUGUGGCGCCGAAAAAAAAAGUAUAAAUCCAGUAAUACCGAAUACGUAAAGCAAGCAAGCAAACUUAACAAGAAAAAAAACGUAAACGCCAAGCAACAGAACACAAGCAUACAUUCCAUUUCGAUCGAUUCGCAUUUGAAUUCGGUGUGCUUUAUAAGAAAGUGAAACAGCAACAGCAACAACGUCCGAACAAGAAAUAAAAAAAAACACUUAUCCCGGUGUUUGACGAGCGCGAGCAUAAACAAAUCGAUAAAUUGUGUGCAUUUUUUUUCCGGCGUUUCAUUUGCCUCUCCUAAUAUUCCUGUGUGUGGUCGCCCGUGUGUGUUGUGCUUAGCCGCUUCAAACACAGAAAUAUCGACGAAAUUUGAAUAAUUUAUUACAUUUCAAUUGCAUGUAGCCGAAAACGGUUUACAAAUCGCUGUUGUUGUUAUAGAUUUUUGUUUCUUCUGUUCUCGUUUUCUGUUCUGUGUGCGAAAGAAGAAGAAGACGAAAUUAUCCACGAAUUUAUUUCUCUCUGUUUUUUUCCCGCUCAAGUAUUAACAGCAUUUAUACGACACAAUGGGUGCAUACUUAUCAGCACCGCUCACUGAAAAAGAGUCCACCGAUGAGGCCAACGACUAUUUAGCAUGUGGCGCGAGCCAAAUGCAGGGCUGGCGCAUGUCCCAAGAGGAUGCUCACAUUUGUGCAUUGAAUUUUGACAUAAACACAUCACUGUUUGCCGUGUUCGAUGGUCAUGGCGGAUCGGAGGUUGCAUUGUAUUGUUCACAAAAGUUGCCGGAAUUUUUGAAAAAUGUCAACGCAUACAAAAAGGGUGAAUUUGAACAGGCGCUCAAGGAUGCAUUCAUUGGUUUUGAUGCGACACUAGUCAAUGAUGAUGUUAUAGAAGAAUUGAAAAAACUCAUACCCGAUGACAAAGUCGACGAAACCGAUACGGACGAAGAGGCCGACGAAGAUGAAGAAAAUAUUCAUGAACUGUGUAACGAGGGCCGGAUGCCGUUGAAUGAAUUGUUGGAAAAAUUGAAGGAUCCACAGAUGGCAAAAAUUAAAGCCGGUGAAUCGUCAGGCACAUCGAAACCUUUGUCACCAUUUUUACGCGGCAGACGAAACGGUAGCAGUAGCAGCAGUGGCAGUGGAAGUGUCAGGGGCAGUGGCAGUGGUAGUGGUAGUGCGACCGUUGAAAACGGUGAAUGCUCUUCGGCAUCGGACAGCACAAUUCAACCACGAAAACUUGAUAGUACCGAGGAAGAGGCCGUUUCCAGUUCAAGCGCAUCGGUUGAGAAAAAGGCGGAGCCGGCUAACAGUGUUUCAAAUGGCCCAUCCAGCGGUAAUGGCCCAUCGAGCACUGAGGGUGCAUCAAGUUCAGAGCCAAAUGAGCGCAAUUCUUGUAACAGUCCAGACAGCUCGUCGACAGCCAAUAAAACUGCCGAUGAUGAGAGCAAGAAUCAAAAGGAAACAUCAUCAUCAAGCUCAUUGGAUGAUUCGGACGAAUCAGAACACGAUGAAGAAGAGGAGGAAGUGGAAGAUGAGGAAGAUGAAGCUGACACCGAAGAUGAUGAAGAGUCCGAGGACCAAGAUCAUGAGGAAUACGAAGAAGAUGAGACAUUUUUGAACGGCAUGUUCGAAGGGCCUGGUUCAUCGUCUGGUUGUACAGCCGUUGUUGCAUUGUUACAUGAAAAUGAGCUGUUUGUUGCAAAUGCCGGUGAUUCGCGUUGUGUUGUUUGUCGCGACGGUAAAGCAAUGGACAUGUCUUUUGAUCACAAGCCCGAAGACACAGAAGAAUUGGAGCGAAUUCGUAAGGCUGGCGGUCGAGUCACAAUGGACGGUCGUGUUAACGGCGGUUUGAAUUUGUCACGUGCUAUCGGUGAUCAUGCUUACAAAACGAACAAAGAUCUGAAGCCGGAGGAGCAAAUGAUAUCUGCGUUGCCAGAUGUCAAACGUGUCAAAUUGUCUCCAAAGGAUGAAUUCAUGAUUUUGGCAUGUGACGGCAUCUGGAACUCAUUGUCCAGCGAUGAAGUGGUCGAUUUCGUACGUACACGAAUACAAAGGGGUGAAACAAAAAUGUCGGCUAUCUGCGAGGAGUUGUUCACAACGUGCUUGGCACCAAAUACAUGUGGUGACGGAACUGGGUGUGAUAACAUGACCGCGGUCAUAAUUCAAUUUCAACCGUUGCUAACGGAACGAUUUCAAUCGCAAGACAUUUGUGCCGAUGAAGUGAUUACCUCAAAGAAACGACAAGCGUCACCAACCAGCAACAACGAUGAACUGACCACAGGCUCAUCCAAACGAAUUAAGACUGACGAUAAGAUCGAAGCAGAUGAAUGAACCCCAGCGCGCCACACAUACACACAUAAAAUAUUGAUUAAGUGAAAAGAAAACAUGGGAUAAAAAAAAACCAGAACAAAAACAACAACAACAACAUCUAAAUAAUAAAAUAAAAUAAACAAAUAAUACAUAAA